AUGAUCUUCACCUCAAUCGCCAUCAUCGUAGCUCCCUACCACGUAGGUGUCUACGAUCACCGUGUCGGCGGAGGCCCUCUUCGCAUCCUCUCUCACGGCAUCGAUCGGGACCUCAGCGAGUUGGCUCCUGUUUCCUUUAUCAACAUCGGCCCGGUCGAUGAAUUCGAGGGCGAGAUCGGCAGGACCUUUGAAAUUCUCCGCCGUAUCUCAAAUGCCGUCUCUACGGCUGCGAAACGCAAUUCGUUCCCUCUGGUCCUUUCUGGCAACUGCUAUGCCAGCACUGCAACUAUGGCUGGUCUCAACCAAGCAAAGUCAGGCCAAACCAGCCCCAAAGCUGGAGUGCUGUGGCUCGAUGCCCACGACGACCUCGAUACCCCCUCGACCCACGAAAACGGAUAUCUCGACGCCAUGGCUGCGUCGAUGCUGACUGGCACCAGCUGGCACACCUUGAUGAAGACUGUCCCCGGCCACCAGCCUGUGGAUGUCAAGCAGGUCAUAUACUGUGGACUGCGGGACGUAUCCGAGCUGCAAACCAAGACCAUCAAGGAGGCUGGAGUUGAUGUGGUUUGGGGCAAGGCGGACGAGAGGGUGGAUUUUACUGCCGGCCUAGCUGCGAUUCUAGAUCGAAGGCGCGAUGUCCAAUAUGCCCAUGUCCAUCUCGAUUUAGAUGUUCUCGACGAAUCACUGGGCCGUGUCAACGAGUUCCCAUCUCCUGGCGGCUAUUUGCCCGAGGAUCUGAUGGAUUUGAUGCAGAUGAUUCCCACCAAGGUAAACCCGACCUCGCUUGUUGUCUGCUCUUUCAACCCACGCCUUGAGGGAGGCGACACGGUAGCUAAACUUGCAUGUCAAGCGGUGUUUAGACUCAUUAGUGGCUUGAAAGAGAAGGGUGUCCUUACUCCGGAUGCUGAGGGCUGA